UGCCGACGUGGCGGGGCGGAAGAGGAGCCGCUGGCUGGCACCGAACGGAUCAUCAUGUCCCAGGCUGCCACCUCUGAUGCAGACCCCUGUACGGACUGCGGGCCUCCAUCUGGACACCCUCCCCACACUGAUCCUGUUCCCUGUCAGGGUGUCCCAACGUCACUCGAACCUCCAUCCGCUCCUCUGCAGUCUCUCAUUCUUGAGGCUGUUGACCUUCCACACUCCACGAAGCAGGCUGCGGUGGAGGACACCAGCGCCCAAACUGAGACUUCAGAAGGUCGAGGGGAGCUCCAGGGUCCUGAGGGUCCAGGGACUGAAUGUGACCAAACGAUGAGUCUGGAGCCAGAGGCAGAUGGUUCAGAAGAGGAGGAGAAGCAGACAGAAAAGAGCUGGGGAGGCUGGAGCUCGUGGGGGAAAUCUCUCCUGAGCAGUGCCACCUCCACUGUUGGGCAGAGCCUGACCUCCGUUAAGGUGAAGGCAGGGGAAGCUCUUCGUCUUCACAGGACCUCCGUAGGCGAGGAGGCGCAAGAGGAGGAGGAGAAGGGGAAGGAGGAGGAGGGAGCAGAGGAGAAUGUAGAGGGAGGAGGAGGUGAGGAAGAAGCUGCUCCAUCCAGCUCAGUGGAGUCUUCAUCAUCAAGAGCUGCUGCAGAGCCAAUCAGAGGUGUUUUCUCUUCAAUCACACACGCUGUGCAGAACACUGGGAAGUCGGUCCUCAGUGGAGGUCUUGAUGCCUUGGAGUUCAUUGGAAAGAAGACCAUGACGGUUCUGGCUGAAAGUGACCCGGGUUUUAAAAAGACGAAGACUCUGAUGCAGAAGACGGCCUCUCUGAGUCAGAUGUUGAGGGAAGCAAAGGAGAAGGAGCGUGCACGUCUGAGCAGCCAGCUGAUCGGUGCACCCACUGCUCACUAUGGGAUUCUCUUUGACGACUACCAGGGCUUGUCGCACCUGGAGGCCCUGGAGAUCCUGUCCAAUGAGAGCGAAGCGAAGGUCCAAGCCUUCCUCUCCUCCCUGGUGGAAGAGGAGCAGGAGGAGGUGAAGAAGGAGCUCAUCUUCAUCAAAGAUAUUUUCAUCAAGCAGCAAGAAGAAGAAGAUGAAGAAGGGGAAAAUGGAGGACAGACGAAGGAUAAUGCUGCUGACGGCGAAGAGUUUGUCAGCGUUCUUACCGAGCUGCUGUUUGAGCUUCACGUCGCUGCAACGCCAGACAAACUCAGCAAGGCUCGCAUGAGGGCCCAUGAAUGGGUGAACAAGGUGGAGCAGCCUGUCACUACGGAGACAGUUGUCAAGGAAACGCAGGACAAGCCAGGAGGAGAGGACUUGCACGAGGAGGAGAAGAAAGAUGGAGGAAAGGAGGAGGAGGAGGAGGCAACAGAGAGCGACCCCAGAUCUGUGGAGGUUGUCUACAUGUCGGCUGUCGGCUGUCUGGCCGAGGUGACGGCUCGCAGCAUCGAGCAGCUCCACAAGGUGGCAGAGCUCAUCCUCCAUGGCCAGGAGCUGGAGAAACCAGCUAGAGACCAGGCAUACAUCCUCACCAGGUUGACUUGUGCCAUGUGUAAAGAGGUGGACCACUUGGCUAAGAGGUUCUCCGAUGUGCUCCUUCUUGUCGGGGCCCAGAAGAAAGCAGAGGAGUUGAAUCCAUUAGUGGACGGCGUGCAGGAAGAGGGCACCAACAGCACCAACUACAUCCAUAAUGCAUUUCAGCUGCUGCUGCCAGUCCUGCAGAUCUCCCACAUCCAGAGCCAACGAUGCCAACCAGAGUUACAGCACUGACACACUGGACAUUGUCCACGCCCUAAUGUCCUGCUGGACGUCAUCUACACUCCUUAAUGCAAGGCUGGACAUUGUCCACAUGCCUUUAUGUCCAGCAAGAUUUCCA